AUGGCGGCCGCAGUUGACACGAAAACGUGUGGAUCAUGUUGUCUUCAGUUAAAGGAACUUGUUAACAGCUACGAAGAAGAGCUUGGAUUGAAAGGAAAGGAGUUUGAUGGCACUAAAAUUCAUGCCUUUGGAUCCUUAAACUUCUAUUUGGAACACAGUAAGUUUAAUGACUUGCUGAACAGUAUAAGAUCAAAGUGUAAGAGCUGUGCAAGCUGGCCUGACCCUGCCAAAGCCAUUAGAGCUUCUUUGGAAAGACAGCAACAAAUUGAAAACCUUGCCCCUGUUAAAAAUUACAUCUCAGAAUGUUUAGACAAGUUCCAAAAUGCUAUGAAAGACAAGUCAAUAAAAGUUGUUGCCCAGAGACUUGAAGCUAUCACAAGAAAAGUUGGGUUGAAGUUUAUUGAAAGUGGAAGAGAAUGCUUUAUAAAUUCUGACAUGUUUUAUGUUGAGGUUCGAAUGGCUGCAGAUGGCACAGUUUCUGAAGUAAAAGUGGCACACACUGGAGACCCUGAGAGUUGUCCUGAGCUGACAAGAGUGUUGAGGGAGGGAGAUUACGAUGAAUUUUUGUGCCAUUUACAAGGACUAUGUGAUCUUUACCAGCUAUCUCGUGACACGUUUCAAAAACCAAAGAUUCUUGCAGCUCUCAAAGCAGUGGAAACGGAUAUUAAUACAAUAGCAGCAUUUUACGGAACAGAUGUAACUUCUACCGAAGCAAUCACGCAAUGUCCAGUCGGCUUCGUCACCCCGAGACAAGGAGGUCGUCGAAUGCGUCUGUGUUACUUUGCUUCCCCGUAUGAGUUAGUGGAUGUUAACAGACCUGGACAAGAUCGAUAUUUUACAAGAGAAGAACCCCCUCCAAGAGAUUUUGGUUACCAAGUAUACGUGUCACUGGAGCAAUCCCAGAACACAUCUCUUCCGAUCAGUCCACUUAUUACCGAACCUGUUGGCUACAGUAUAUUGGGACUGGAUCCGAGCAUCAAGUACCAGGUGCUGAAUGACAACAACAGUGAAGAAUUCCAAGCUUCCUUUGUGCUGGAGUUUUGUAAGCCAUUACCAGCAGCAGUAGAGAUUGUGCAGAAGAUUCACGAAGUUAUUGACAAAACAGGUUCGUUUGCCCAUUCCUCAACGGUGCCAAUCGACAGCCUCAUAAUAAGAGAGUGGUUAAAAGAUAGAGGCGUUUCAUCAACUGACCAUGGCAAUAAUUAUUACGCGAGCUUACCACAGCAUUACCAUGUGUAUCAUGUCACAGAGAACCAAUCAACAGCGGAGGAGCUCGUGCAGCCUUCUGGGAUGGGUCUGUUGCUGUAUAGGAUUGGAUUUACACACCCCAGUCAUAUUCCGGAAAUAUUACCGCUAAUGUAUGGGUAUAACAGUGAAAAGUUACAACCUGAUAGCGAAGACUACCUGUUUGAAUUGAGAUCAUCAGAGCCUUUCACCUUAACAGUAACGUUUGAACAUCCUUGUACAUCCAGCAUGGCGUCAAUUGACUUUUUCGUCUCUGAGGAUGACAUGGUCAAAGCUACUCUCACAACAGUGCCUGGAAAACCACUGUUCUGUUCAAAUGAUUAUAUUUCCAGGGUCACUCAGAGGUGUCUCUCAAUCCCAGCUGCGAUGCGAUGCAUCAUUAGAAAAGCACAAAGCGUUAAACUAGAGGAACUUCCGGUAAAGGCAAGCGAAGAACUUCUACUUCCUGUUGGCGGGGGGCAACCAUCCACCAAAUUAGCAAGUCUAUCACUCCCUCCCAGUGCCGCUCUGUUCGGUGCGACCGUGGGGACUCCAUCCAACCCCAACACGCCAGUGUUUCUGGGAACGUCACCGUCGUUUUCAGGGUUCACCCUGGAGACACCCUCACCCACGUUGAGCGCGUUCACAUUUUCUUCUAUAUCUCCUACGUUUUCUUUUAAUACAACGGACAUUACAGCAGCUACGGCAGAUUCUGUGACUACAACGGCCGUCAAACAACCCGAAAAAAAGCCCGAAGCCGCAAAGACACCGACACUGCCGAACUUGAAGAUCACCCUUAAACGAAAGCGAGCCGAUGAAUAUGUCAUUCAGAAUUUUCAAGUGCCCGAGGAAGUCCCGAAGAGCGCAGAAAAAACACCAGUCGGGCAAACGGCAUCGAAAAGCAAAGAAACGCCCGAUGCGGAGUCAAUGGACGGAGACAACUUCCCUUUUGAUCUUGCCGCCGUCUCCGCUGCGAACUUCACCAUGGGAACUACGUUCCCAGAUGUAACUGCUGGGCUAGAUGGGUCAGUGGUCGUGGCAGCGGGUACUUCCGCCGCUGGUCAACAUGUUGGUUUGACGGGCGCCGACUCUUUAGCUGCUGCAAGCGGGCUAGGGAUCGUUCCUACGGAAAUCGAGGGAUUAUCCGCCACAGCCGAUUUGUUCGAUAUUGGAGCAGCCGGUGCUGACGCGACAGAUUUGGAGGGUAUUCUCCAGAAUCUUUCAGGAGCAUCUCAUCUUCCACCAGGGAUCGUGUCAGGUGCUGCGGCAUUGGAUUUUGAUACAGGUUUAGGAACUGGAGUAACAGGGCUGGACGUGUCAGAUCCAGGUUUCGACAUCGACGCGGCCCUUGAUGCCAGUGCUGCCGUAGACCCGAGUAUUGCGGGCACUGCCGGGGCUUUUGAUGUCGACUCCUCGCUGGACUUUGACCUCGAUAAUAUCACCGGCGUUGGAGGUCUCCCCCCUGAAGUCGCAGGAGCAGCUGAACUGCUGGCCGUUAGUGGACUGGGAGGGAGUGACGGAUCUGUUGAUAUUGAUAUGCCUGGGACAUCGCAUUCGAAGAUAUGAAGUACAUUUUUGGGCGUAUUUCGAGACAGCUGUCAGGCAAAUCUUACGUGAAGCGUCUAAAGAGUUAGAUGCCGUCUUUGGUGCGAGAUGGAUGGAAAAGGACAAUGUAAAAAGACUGCGAUCAAAGAUCGUGCAAACAGUGCACGUGUCAUUUUGGGAAGCAACCAAAUUGGGGGUCAUUAAGAAUUGUCAUGGAAUGCGAAACUCGGCGAGUACGCUUUGAUAGCAAUGUUGAAAGCAGCAAUGGUAUGCAUGUAUCCAACUGACCACGAUUUCGCUGUAUAUAUGCCAUUGAUUGUCUGCUGAUUUCGUGACUGAAAGUCCCCAAUGUUGUACUCUGGGAGUGGACUAAGAGACAAUAGAAAAAAAAAGUAAAAUGAAAUUCAGUUUUGGAAAAACUGCAGUCGCAUUGUAAGAGGUCAACGCAUUUGUGUCCCUUGUGAGCUAGUGUUACAGAUCUGUACAAGCGCACUCGCACAAGGAGGCUGUCUUGGUGAUGUUGCUUCAAUUGCAUUGGUUUUACUCGGCACUCUGCCAAGUCUUAAAUUCUCAUCCCUUCUCAACCAAUUAAAUGAAUGGAUUUUAACUUGCUCAGCCACAUUUUCCCGCGCUUGAGGCAUUUGAUGAGUAGAUGGUUUUUAUUCGCUGCUCGCGAUAUUCAACUUUACUAGGAUUGGCUAUUAUAAUAACUUCCGGUUUUUGUUUUUUGACACCCGAGGCGCGCCGUUACACUCAAACCAAACAGCAACAAUAUCACAGUAGACGAGUUUAUUGACCCUGGGUUGUACAGAUUUACAAGAUAUACAACACGAAUGAAGGGUAGAUACACAAAGCAAUAACUUCCACGGGUUUCACUCGAUUUGUUAAAAAACGUUUGUCUCAGAAAAAAUAGUAGAACAUUUACAGAUUGAUUUGCUUUCUACGUAUAAAUACAAUUGUACAAAUCAAAUUUGUGGUGCGACGUUUUAGAAUGAUAACAUGUACUUUAUUGCUUGCCAUAGGGCAUCUGGAUGCAUUUUCUAUCGAAAAAACCCUCAGUUGCCUUUGUUCCUGUGUCAUUUUGAAUCAAAGUCAGAAUUAAAAAAAAA